UCAAUCUUGAUGGCGGAAGAGAAGGAGAUGGAGGAGGUGCAGGAGAAGGUUUACCCUGCGCCACAGCAUUCCCAUGAGGAGGUGGUGAGGGAGAGGCUGGUCUUCAUGGAUACCCUGCGCCGUUUCCACUCCUCCAUGGCCACCAAGUUCAUGAUUCCGGUGAUUGGAGGGAAGGAGCUGGACUUGCACCUGUUGUACGUGGAGGUGACUCGAAGAGGUGGCCUCGCAAAGGUGAUCGAGGAGAAGAAGUGGCGCGAAGUGAUUGCGGCGUUCAAGUUCCCUCCCACCACCACCAGUGCUUCCUUCGUCCUGCGGCGGUACUACUUGAGCUUGCUCCACCACUACGAGCAGGCCUACUACUUCCGGACACAGGGGCCUCUGAUUCCUCCCGCAGCUUCUUCUCAGACGAGGACGCCGCCCAGCAAGCUCGACCACAGUGUCGUCGUCUCUGACUCCACCAUGCAGACACCCAAAUCCCGGAAAAGAUGCCUUCCUGAGCCGCAAAACAAAGGGCCUUACAAUUUCACUGUAACGGGAUCGAUCGAUGGCAAGUUCGAGUACGGCUACAUGGUCACAGUGAAAAUUGGGUCUGAGAUACUGCGGGGUGUGCUGUAUCAUGUCCAACAGCCUUCUGCAGCAGCCUCUUCCUCUUUGGCAGCAGUAGUAAGUGCAGCUCAUGAAGCUUCAAACGAACGCUGUACUGCUGCCAUGGCAAGAACACGGCGUCGGCGCAGGCGGGGUUGGCGGAGCCGUGAUCCCGCCCACCCAAAGCCAAACAGGAGUGCCUACAACUUCUUCUUCGCCGAGAAGCACUCCAAGCUCAAAGUUCUCUACCCUCACAGGGAGAGAGAGUUCAGCAAGAUGAUAGGAGAGUCCUGGAACAAGCUCAACGAAGAAGAAAGAAUGGUGUAUCAGAAUUAUGGACUCAAGGACAAAGAAAGAUACAAGAGAGAGAUGCAGGAAUACAAGGAGAGGUUGAAGCUUGUGCAGCCAAAGGAAAUGGCAGGGGCUGAGCCAUUCACAGCUGCAAGUGAAGAAGUGAAGGGAGUGUCAGCAGAUGGACAUUGAAGUUAAACCUGAAUCAGUAUAUUCUGGACAUUUUACAGUUCUGCUACCAGCUUAGAACGAAGCCAUUGGUUGUAGUUUGUGCAUGUAUGGAUGUAUUCUAAAGAUGAUGAUGAAAGAUCAAAAUCCAUGUUUUGGUGACAAAACUCCUCAUGUGUUUGAGUUUUGCCUCAAGCAAUUGUAGAAUGGGUUUUAAUCUAUCAAAGGAAGUUAUCAACAAAUUAUCCUCA